CAGGAAGUUUGUAGAGUCCGCGCCAGGUAUCACCCUGCUUCAGCUCCUGACAUCGAGCCUGAGCUUCGCUUCUUUCUCUGACAACAGACGACACUCGGACUCGCUUUCCGCUCUACUCUCACUACAACUACUGCCACUAUCACCACCACUGCACACCCCUACUCCUUUUGCUCCUGCUCGUGGAAUCGUCAGCUCGUAUAUUCUCCCUCUGGAACGACGAUGACGGUUCCCUCUAGCAACAGCAACAGGAGCAGUAGUGCUGGUAUGCACACACUGGUGGCCGGGCUCACGCUAUCUUCGCCCUCACCGACGACUCCAGCCGCCACACAAACCUCGUUCACCGCCGCUCCGACGAGCAUCUUCAACAACCCGGGGCACGGGAUCUUCUCCACGUCGUCUAGUCCCCGCACGAGCAGCACCCCGAACAAGUUCGCCGGGCGCCGGUUAAGCUACGCCGUGGACGCCGGUGGUCGCGGGAAUGACUCGGCGGUGAAGGAGGUCGACGACCCGACCAGUACCCUGUCUGCUGACAGAAGCCAUGCCAAUACCCCCAGCCGUACGUUGGCUGUAGCUUCCCCACAGAACAUAUACGGACGAUGUGGCAGUUACAGAGGCUCCGAUUCGCUUGAGGAUUUUCUGUAUAAUAGAGGGUUUCUACAGGGGGCGUGCAGCGACGUAACGAUCAUCGCAUUCGGGACACAAUACCGACUCCACCGUCUGAUCCUCGACCGGUCCUCCUUCUUUUCGUCGUGCUUCAACGGUGGACCCUGGGCCGAGGCCGAUUCCUCCGAAAUCACGCUGUCACCCGAGGCGACGGAUCCGAAUAUUGAGAAACAUGCAUUUGAGCUGGCGCUUGCGAGGCUAUAUGGACAUGUGGACAAGGCGGAAGAGGAUAAACAUGCGAUGCCGCUGCUGGCGACCGCGAGUUAUCUGCGGUUGCAGGAUUUGGCGGAAUCGUGUGUGGCAUCGUUGUUGAGGAGUCUGAAGACAAGCAAUAUCGCAGAUAUUAUUCGGUUCGUCACGAACAGCUAUUACGGCCCGCUCACGGAUCGUCUGUUGGAUAGUGCGAAGGCUUUGUUGUAUCGAGAUGGGUGGGAGAUGCAGCUCUCCGAGUGGGACGGGAUCAGCGGCGAAAUUGCGGCCGAGAUCGUCGGUUACGAGGGAUUCUAUGUUCCCACAGAGUACCAUCGGUAUUGCUUCGUCAAGGGACUUACGGACUGCAGGAUAAAGGCCGCAUACUUGGCUGAUGGGUCUCCAGUCGAUGGCUCUUUCCUAAAGAUCCCAGAGAACCCCGACAACGAUUACUUGUCAGCGGACAUGGCAAGACACCACGACCUCGAUGACGGCGUAUCUUCACUUGGGGAUGACGAAAUAGACGCUGAUAUCCAGCCUUUACGUGACUUACUGGAAACCGGAAUCUACUACAUCCACAUGUCCUUCGAAGAACUCCAAAAGAUUGCAGAGGAUGUUGAUAUACUCGGCCGACCAUUUGUCAGCGAGGCCACUAUAAGGGACGCUCUUUGGCAACAGACAAUCCUGCGUCAGAAAGUUCUGAAUGCACAGAACGAUAGCCCUGAGUUGGGUAUCUCGAAGACUGAAUAUGUGCAAUUGAGUGCACCGGUAAAGGGCGGAAAGAGUCCUAAUACCCUAGAGGGGAAAUCAACAAACACUGUUGGCCUCCUCACGCCCUGUACUUCCUCAUCACAGCUGGAUCUUUUCACGACGGGCCGUGGGCAGAAGCCGAAAAGGAAGUACUUCAUCCCUACCGAGGACUCCUCCACCACGGUAAUCGGGGAUUACCCCGAGCAGACACCCCACGUCAGCGUUUCGGGACGGGGACAGCCUCGUGGUGGCGCUUCGGGAAACAAUAAUAGCAGUAACAACGACACUACAGCCGUCUCCACUUCCGCGGUCGCAAACCCAGACUCUGGCUCCAAAGAGUCCGGUAACGGCGACGAAAUCCGAUACAGCGACUUCCCACCAUUCCGCUUUUCCGCCGAAUUUAAGAAUAUCCGCUGCUUGAAGGAGCGCAAACGUGUCUACUCAAAAACGGUCUUCUAUGCUGGCAGUUGCUGGAACAUCUACAUACAGUCGGUCAAGGGCGCUCGGGGCACGCAACUAGGAGUCUACCUGCAUCGUGCUAAGGAUCGGGAAGGCAGCGGCGCAUCCUCAGCCGGAAACCGUGAAAACGACCAGCUCAUCGGCAUGAUCGGCUCUCUAAACCAGAACCAGAAAUCGGAAGCGGAGGAAGGCGAUACUACACUCCACGAUGGCGACACUACAGGCACACUCUCGUCCCGUCCAGGCGCCAACACUUCCGCCAGUCGCGCCACUCCCCCGCCGUCAACAGAGGUCUCUGUUGCGGCUUUAGGCCACUACGUCGACUCUCGCCCGAUCAUCCAAACGUACUUUAAGAUCUUCUCACCAAGCAGGAAGGGAAAGAUGUUGAGUAUCUUCUCAAGUCGGCCCGAUAGUUUCAAUUUCUCGCAGAGUUGGGGGUGGAAGUCAAGUAGUCUCAUACUGGACGAGGGCAUGCUGGGCGGUGAAGGGAAUGAGAAGGAUUCUCGAUUGAGGUUUAUGGUUGUGCUUGGUAAUGUUUAGGUGUUUCGCGGAAGGGAGGGGCUUUACUGUUUUUUAUAGCGAGUGUGGGUGUGUGAGGGAGUUGCAUUUGCUUUUCUGCAUACAUUACCUGUAUGGUACUUUACAUACUUCUUUCUAUUUCUACUUUAAUUGUGGAUCUGGCGGGAUGAGGAGGAUUACAUGGUGUUUUCGUUUUCUUUACAGUUGGAUGGGAGGAGGAGUGAUUUAUUGGCAUAGUGGUGGUGUUGGUGAUGGUGGUGGUGUUGGUGAUGGACUGAAGCAUUGAAUACACGUAAUUUGCAUUA